GAAAGGCAGUGUUGGUGGCUCUGGCUAGGGUAAUCCUCCUCCCUUGGCUCGGAUGGGCUCCCCAUCUCUGGUGAAAAUGGAGCGGCAGUAGCGUGCCCAGUGAUACCCCUUCUUGCACAUGGGACACAGGGUCCUAGGAAACUUGGGGCUAGGAUCUGGGUUAGGGCAGUCUCGUGCAAAGUGUCCUGGCUGCUGGCAUUUGUGGCACACACUAUUAGCUUUUUCUGCUUCCAUGAUUGCUUCCUUAAUGGCUAGUAUUCUGACUGGUUCUGCCUCAAUCAAUGCAUCUGCUAUUAUUUUGCUUUCAUACUUAUUUGAGCCAAUGUCCUUGCAGGCUUGUAUCCUGGACAUGGGUGUGGGGUUCACCAGGGAGCGGAGGACAGGCUGACAAUCUGGGUUGGCCUGUUCUAUAGCUAAUCGGAUAAACAGAGCAUCUUGAGCCUCUAAAGGUUUCACUUGUCCAGCUAUUGCUUCCCUCAGCCUGGUGGCAAAGUCAUAAAAGGGUUCUUUAAGGCCUUGCUGUAUGUGUGCAAACGAAGGAGAAGUGGUGGUGGCCUCUGCCACAGCCUUGAUGGCUUCUAGAGCCAGGCUUUUCGUUUUAUCUAGCCUGCCGAAGGGUGUCCUUGCCUGCAUUCUGCUGGAGGAGUAGGGACCCUCCCCGUACAAUUCAUUAAUUAAAUCUUCCACAGGCACUCGCAGUGCAUGGUGUGAGUUCUCAGCAUAUUGCCUUAUGAGUUUUUUCCACUCUUGUUCAAAGAGGGAAUACUGCAUUAGGUUUAAAAUCCCCUUUGUAAUUACCCGUAUGUCAGUUGGUGUCAGAGUGUAUGCUGCAAACAAGGAAUCUAGCAUUCCAGAAACAAAAGGAGAGUUUAAACCAUAGUCUGUAACCGCUUUUUUCGCGUCCCGUAGGAUGGGGUAUGGGACCGGUUCCCAUUCGGGGUCGCGAUUGCUUUCGGGGAAAACCGGGAAAACUUUCAGCAAUUCCAAGUCUCCUGCGUCUUCUGCCUGCUUUCUCGGACCUUGCCACUUAUUGCCGGCGGUAGGGGAGUCACAGCCUGUGUUGGUACCGGCUGGGGGGGGGGUCUGUUGUUGCAGGGUUUUUACUCGCGGCACGGGACCCGUGGGCGCCGCCAUGUUUGUGACGUUUCCAUCUGGGGAGUCUGCGCAGUGAGAGAAACGCAGGCUCCGGCGUUGGAGGAGGGUGGAGUCUGGACUAGAGUCACGUUGCGCGCUGACGUCAUCCGGGGUGGGGGCGUGUCUAACUCACGUGCUUUAGGGUGUGAGGGCGGUGGGCGAGGUUCGGUAGUUUUUUCGGGCUUUUUGGGUGGAAGAGAAGGGCUCUCAUCGCCACUUUUGGCAUGUCUCGGGUUUUUCAAAUGAGGGAGAAUUACGCGCCACGACAUGAGAGCGAGACCUGCAUUUUUAUCGCCUCGUUCAAAGGCGUGUACCAGCGGCUCUCCUGGCUUGUACCACACCGCCUGUAGGUUAAUAAGUCUGGGGAUAUCAAUUUGCUCUUAGAAAGCCGUUUUGUUAAAGCUUUGAGGGACUUUUUAGCCAUUGGAUGUCCUUCAAAGAGGAGUGUGGCUUCAAUGCGUUUAUAAAACUGCUGGCCGCCAGUACCGCCAUCACCGCCCUCUUCUCCUCCGUGUCGCAGAAGGCCCGCGUGGCCCGCGGGCUCGAGGGCGCCAGGAGGGUCCAGCUGGACGGAGAUCUGAGGUCGGUGAAGGAGACCCUGAGCAGCCAGUUCGUGGGGAACUGCAAGGGCGUGGUUCAGAGGCUGACGCUGCAGGAGCACAAGAUGGUGUGGAACAGAACCACCCACCUCUGGAACGACUACGAGAAGAUCAUCCACCAGAGAAUCAACACCACGCCCUUCGGGCUGGUGCCCGCCGAGGGCGGCGCCGGCGUGGCCGUGCGGGUGGUGAAGCCCCUGGAGGCGGCCGAGCUCAUCCUGGAGACGGUGUACGAGAAAUUCCACCCCUCUGUGCAGUCCUUCACCGACGUCAUCAGCCACUACAUCAGCGGGGAGCGCCCCAAGGGCAUCCAGGAGACGGAGCAGAUGCUGAAGGUGGGCGCGGCGCUGACCGGCGUGGGGGAGCUGGUGCUGGACAACGCCACCAUCAAGCUGCAGCCCCCCAAGCAGGGCAUGCCCUACUACCUGAGCACCGUGGAUUUCGAGUCCCUGCUGCAGAAACAGGAGUCCAGCGCCCGCUUCUGGAAGGUUCUGACCGUGGUUUUCGGCGUCGCCACCUGCACCAUCCUCUUCUUCCUCCUGCGCAAGCAGUACCGGCACCACCGGGAGAGGCGGCAGCUCAGGCAGGUGCAGGAGGAAUUCCGGCAGGCCCAGGAGCGCCUGAUGAACGCCGAGGGCGGGGACACCCUCAAAAACGCCUGCGUGGUCUGCCUGAGCAGCACCAAAUCCUGCAUCUUCCUGGAGUGCGGCCACGUCUGCUCCUGCCACGAGUGCUACCAGGCCCUCCCCGAGCCCAAGAAGUGCCCCAUCUGCAGGCAGGGCAUCGCCAGGGUGGUUCCUUUGUACAACAGUUAAUCCGUUUGUGGUUCUUGGGAGGGAGGGGGGAAGUUUCGUGGCACUCAGAGCUGUCUCUCUUGCAAAGGGGUUCUUGUCGCCUCGCUGCUUUAGGCAGUGGAUUUCGGGGAAGGGGAGGGAGCUCGAGGGAGCGGGUGCUUUGACAGAGCUGGGUCUGUUGCGGGACAAUACCCCACUCGCGAUAGAGGGGGGCCCAGAGCCCCCCGGUCUGGUGGUGGGUGACACCCCACGCUGCGGAUUCCGGGAGCUGGGCAGGCCCUGGGCUCGUAGCAGCGCUGUGAGAAGGCUCCUGGAACAGGGUGUGAUGGGAAUUCAGGGAGCUACCCAGGCUGCAGGAGAACACCUGCCCCAGAGCACAAUGUCAGAGCCCCAGACCGCACCCGUGUCGGAGGGGCUGCAAACCCACCACGCAUUGCUCCCCGGGGCGGAUUUAACUGGAAGGCAGAAACAGGGUACCCGGUCCUGCUGGCGGCACCGCCGCUGGCACGGGGAUGGGGCUGGGCUUGGAGCUGCCUCUGAGGGUUGCCAGGAGGCUGUGAUGAAUUCUCAUCUUAUUUUAAAGCACUGUAUCCUAUUCCUGCAUGUUGAGUUCCGUGUGUGUGCCUGUGCGUGCCGAAUGCUUGCGUCCGUAGUUAGAGUGAGAGUGAGCGGGAGAAAUCCAAGAAGCAUGUCUUAGUGUCGUGCUGUAAGUGUCACUGCACAAGAGUUUAACAGAUGUUAAUAACACCAAAUGACUAGUCUGAGAAAUGUACUUUUAAAAAAAAAAAUAAUUAUUUAUUUGGGUUCAGAUAUUUUUGAAAUACAAAAAAAAAAAAAAAAAAUCGGUCGUAU